AUGACAGCCCUGUCCGCUCACGUUGGGGCCACAUACGGUACUGCUGAAGUGCCAAAAACCUAUAACGUCAGUCCACGGCGCCGUUUAUCACAAUGGUACAUUAAUAUUGCCAUGAUCAAUUUUGUCGAAUUUGCGGCUGAAUCCUCGCGCGGUGUUGUAUUGGCCACGCUCUUUCUCUAUACCAAGUCGCUCGGUGGUGACCUGGCAUUUAUGGGUAUGCUAACGUCGCUCUUCUCAGUCGGAAGACUCAUCUCAUCUACAGUUUUUGGCUGGAUGUGUGAUCACUACUCAUUCCGUUCGGUCUACCUCGUGUCGUCGGGUAUUUGUCUCGUCGGGAAUCUCAUUUACGUCUUUGCCGACGAGCACGUGACCGGCAGCUUGACGGCCCUAGCUGUCAGUCGGUUUAUUGUAGGGUUCGGAGCUGGCAACCGCAGUGUCUGCCGCGCGGACGUGGCUUCAAUCACAACGAUUAAUCAGCGACUCACGUACUUGACGAUGCUGGCGACAGUUGUGUUUUUUGGCUACGCAUUGACCCCUGGACUUGGUAGUCUGGUGGCCAACACGGACUUUUUUGUUCUAGGUAUUCACUUGAAUAGGUUUACGUCGCCGGGCAUGAUCCUCGUGGUGUUCAAUGCAUUGACAAUCAUCGGCAUGCUGACUGUGUACGAUGAAUCAAUUGGUGCUCAAGAUGGACCGGUAGAGUCACCAAGGACGGCGUCGACAAACAACACUAUAAGUGAUCCGACAGUAAUGCCCGAGCGUAUUGUGCACAUUGGCGCUGCCGUGUUUAUCUUCCUAAAUUUCAACGCACGUGGCAUCUUGUCGGUAUUCGAGACUGUAAAUAUUCCGCUGUUCAUUUCAGCGACAGGCAGUGACAUAGAAAGCAUAAGUGCUGUGGUGGACGCAUCGAACUUUCAGUUUUAUCUGGGAUUGUUGGGCUUGCUAUCGUACUUUUCGAUCGAGUAUUUCCGUCACAGCCUCCGAGAUGUGAGUUGGGUGCAGCUUGGCUUUGUGAUGCUGCUGGCCGGUAAUAUAGUGCUCGUUGUGGCUCCCACGGACCUUUCGUUCCCACAGCUUGCGACUGCCGAAUUCCUGGUGUGGAGUGUCGGUUGCCCGAUUACGACUGCCGUGGUCCUUGCCGCAUUUUCAAAGUUGCUGGGUGGUCGGCCGCAAGGCACGCUCAUGGGUUUACUUGGUUCUGCGGCUUCCGUUUCGCGUAUCGUGUUACCACUUUUACCUGCCGCUAUUCCAACACUGACACCAGUGUUCUGGAUCAACAUCGUCCUGUGUGCGCUGAGUAUUGUGCUACUAUGGUGGUACAGUCGGUUGGUACAUAAGACUAAGAUAGCUAUGCUUGCUGACGUCGAGUAUGCCCUCCGGAUCGCGUCUCCCCCGAAUGACCCACGAUCUCCGCUUGGCUCAGACAAAGCGGAUUUUCCUGACAAGUAA